AAAGAAUGAUCUAAUUAGCAAUAAACGAGGGAAUUUAUAGGAAGGGGGCGAGGAAAUUGAUGGAAAAUCAAAAUCCCAAUCUGCAGGCGUUAUGGGAAAGGCGGGUUGGUCUACACCUCUGCUAUUCCAAUCAAAACUGCUGUGUUUCUCUCUGUUUUACCUCUUCUCCUCCAUAUUUCUGGCUCUCUACACAUCUCUCUCCUCCACCAAAUGCCUCUUCCGAUCCUCCCCCUUCGAUCCAAUCCAGUUCCCUCUCUUCUCCUACCCCUCCUCCUAUGGCGAGCACAAGUACGCCCUUCCCACCGUCCGCUCCACUUGCUCCUCCCCUGUCUUCUUCCAAGAUUAUUGGAUGGUUUUGAAUCAGAUCCAGGUUGUGCACUGGAAUUCUUCUCUGCGAUCCUCCAAUUUGCGGUAUCUCCUCGCCAAUGCCGAUACAUUUGGCGGCAAUUUCACUGCCGACAACAGGUUUUCCUUCUUCGAUCAUCGAAACAACAACGAUAGCAGCGUUGCGGUUCCUUGUGGAUUUCUCAAGAAAUUUCCCGUCGCUGAUUCUGAUCGAAUUGCCAUGGAAAGAUGCGACGGCGUGGUUGUGGUUUCGGCAAUUUUCAACGAUCACGACAAAAUUCGGCAACCGAGAGGGCUCGGAUCGAAAACUCUGGAGAACGUAUGUUUCUUCAUGUUUGUGGAUGAAACUACGGUGCGAGGACUCGAAAGCCACAACGUAAUUUCCAGAAACUCAUCCCCUGACAUAAUUGGGGCUUGGAGAAUUGUGAGAGUUUCGACCAAAAAUCUGUACGAAAAUCCGGCCAUGAAUGGCGUAAUACCCAAGUAUUUAGUUCACAGACUCUUUCCAAACUCUAAAUUCAGUAUAUGGAUAGACGCGAAGCUUCAGUUAAUGGUGGAUCCGUUGUUGUUGAUUCAUACGCUGAUUGUGACUGAAAAUGCAGAUAUGGCCAUUUCCAAACAUCCUUAUUAUAUUCACACCAUGGAAGAGGCCAUGGCAACUGCCAGAUGGAAGAAAUGGUGGGAUGUUGAUUCUUUGAAGAUGCAAAUGGAAACUUACUGUGAAAAUGGGCUGAAGCCAUGGAGUCGCCGCAAGCUUCCCUAUACCACAGAUGUACCAGAUAGUGCAUUUAUCUUGAGGAAACAUAGCAGGGAAAGCAACUUAUUCUCUUGCCUUCUGUUCAACGAGUUGGAAGCUUUCAAUCCAAGAGACCAGUUGGCGUUUGCAUUUGUGAGGGACCAUCUCACCCCACCCAUCAAAAUCAACAUGUUUGAAGUUGAAGUUUUCGAGCAAGUUGCUUUGGAAUAUAGGCACAAUCUCAAAAAGAAAGGAUAUGGUGGGCCUCAACUGGGCCCCCACAUCUCCAAGCCCAAACGUACCAAAAGGGCCGGCCCUGAUUUGUUGUACGUCAAUGGCACCUGCUGCAGCAAGUGCCAGAAAUAUCUUCUCCAAAUGUGGGGCGACGCUUCCUGAUUUUUACCUUUUUGUCCCUUUCCUCUGCCACGUGUUUCUUCUUCCCAGACAGACACAAAGGUCAGGUCAGACGGUUUAUCUACUCUUUCUGGUUCUUACGACGCCGUCUGGAAAAUUUGAACAUUCUUUUUAAUGUAAAUGUUUUUAAAUAAAAUGAAAAUAGGUAUAGGAGUUUCAUAA